UAAUCUAACGGAAUUCAAAUUUUAUAUUUUUAGUAAGCCGUUCGGGCUUUUCUGUAAAUGCAAAAUUUUCGUUUGGGCCUUUUUUCUAUUUGCAAAUUUGCAUGGAUACUUGCGAGAUAAGUAGCCGACAAAGUACACCAUUAUGUGUGGUUAUUCAUAACACGAGACCUUUCAAAACAUCACCGCCGUCCGCAAACACAAGCUGUCCCCCUCAGAAAAACCUAACCCUAAAUCCCCAAAUAAGUAAAGGAUUCAAAUUUCGUCUCGUUGGGAUUUUGAUGCAGUCGAUGCCUGGCUUUGGUGAAGUUGAAGAGGAUCUAAGAGAGGGUUCCUUCAUUAAAUGCUCUCUCUUUAUCUCCCCUUCAAAGUUCCUUCUUUUUUCAUGUCUUCUUCAAUUACACCCUCUUUCUUAUCUGCUCCUUCAGGGUCCUCUCAAGCCCUAGGCUUUGAUCUUCUCUCUAUGCCUCUCAAACUUCCCCUUUGUAUAAAACAUGAGUGAUUCUAAGCAGGUACUCGUUUUUGGGUCAUUUACUGAAGAUGAAACCAGGUCAUUGCUGUUAAAGCGGUCAGCUGGGAAUGCUGAAAAGCCUGUGGAAAAGAAAGAAUUGCAAUUUGGUUCUUUGAAUUUUGCAGCUGGAGGAUCUUUGGGUAGUGCCAAUGGUGAUUUGAGCAACAAGCCUAGUUCCACAAACGGGCUAGUUGGAUGUCUAUCCUCAACAUCAUCAAUUGAGGAUGGAAAAAGUAGAAAAACAGCAACAGAUCAUUCCUCAACUACACUUCAAACACCAAAAGAAAAUGGAAAUACAAAGAGUUCCACUGAUGGUUCUGGCCUCAGUAAUGGUGUAAAACAACUGAAUGCAAAAAGCAUUGAUGUAACUUCACUGCUCUUAUUGCAAAAUGAAUACGGUCCCUUGAAUUAUUUUCAAAGUUUGAAAUUGCAUGUGCUUGAGAGCGAAAAGGUAGAGGGUAGAGAUAAGAACGGGAUGAUUGAUAUUUCAUUAGUAUGCACCGUUCAAGGAGACAUUCAGAAGGCAGCCACAAUUUUUAAAAACUUAUUACCCCGAGGCUUAAUCAACUCUGGAAAUUUAUGCUUUCUUAAUGCUACUUUACAGGCUCUUCUAUCCUGUUCUCCUUUUGUCCAGCUCUUGCAUCAACUUCGACUUUGUAUUAUACCCAAGGUUGGCUAUCCAACAUUAACUGCUUUUGCAGAGUUUGUAUCUGACUUUGAUGUGCCAUCCAGCGAUUCUAAUGUAACGAAGAAAGAUACAACAGUCCUUGAGAUUGGUAGGCCUUUCAGCCCUGGCAUGUUUGAAGCUAUCCUCAAAAGUUUUACUCCAGAUGUGCCAAAUAGCAUAUCUGGUCGGCCAAGGCAGGAAGAUGCUCAGGAGUUUUUAAGUUUUAUCAUGGAUCAAAUGCACGAUGAAUUGAUUAAGCUUCAAGGGCAGUCCAGUAGCUCUAAUGGGGUGAGGUCAUCAUUAGUUUCUUCUGUAGAAGAUGAUGAAUGGGAGACAGUUGGACCAAAAAACAAAUCAGCAGUCACAAGAACUCAAAGCUUCCUUCCUUCAGAGCUAAGUGAUAUUUUUGGAGGACAGUUGAGAAGCGUGGUGAAGGCAAGAGGAAACAAGGCUUCUGCUACUGUUCAACCAUUUCUAUUGCUCCACCUUGAUAUCCACCCUGAAGCUGUUCAUACCAUCGAGGAUGCACUUCAUUUGUUUUCUGCACCAGAAUAUCUUGAAGGUUAUCGUGCAUCAACAGCUGGGAAGCAGGCUGGUAUUGUCACUGCCAGAAAAUCUGUCAAGAUACAGAAACUUUCAAAGAUAAUGAUUUUGCACCUGAUGCGUUUUAGCUAUGGAAGCCAGGGGAGUACCAAGUUACUUAAGCCUGUACACUUCCCACUUGAGUUGGUAUUGGUUCGGGAGCUACUUGUUUCUCCAUCCACUGGGGGCCGAAAAUAUGAACUGGUUGCUACGAUAACCCAUCAUGGAAGUGAGCCUUCUAAGGGGCAUUAUACAGCUGAUGCUCGUUACCCCAAUGGUCAAUGGCUGCGAUUUGAUGAUGCCUCUGUCACAGCCAUUGGGACGAGCAAGGUGUUGCACGAUCAAGCAUAUGUUCUCUUCUACAAACAAACAUAGUAGGGUCAACUUAUACCUUGUUUGCAUUAUACUCAACCUCUCAACCUCGUACUAUAGCUUGUGUGUUUGCCAGGAACAUCAUUACAGAAUUGGCAUCGUGAUUUUUCCUUUUCUUGCAAUAGUUGGUAGCUCCUUAAGCUUUAACUGGAGAAUUGAACUGCUACUGAUUUAUACAAGUCUUCUGUAACUAUAAUUAAACUGUAUGGAAGUUCUUGCUAUUUAAUGAAAUUUUGCUAAUGUUGUUAA